GCCUGGGCAACAGAGUGAGGCUCCGUCACAAAAAAAAAAAAAAAAACAAAAGGAAGGAAGGAGCAAGCAAAUAUGGUAAAAUGUUAACCACUGGUUAAUCUAAGUGAAAGUUAUAUUCAUUGUCCUAUUCUUGUAACUUUUAGAUAGAUUUGAAAUUUUUGAAGUAAAAAAUUGAAAAAAUGUCUAGGUAAGAAAAGUGAGCCUCCGAAAUGGAUGUACUCUUUUUUUUUUUUUUGGUGUGGGGGAAGGAGGUAGCGGAGAAUGGGGGUAGGAAUUCAGCACAGUGGCCAGGAGCAGGUGUGGGAAGGACCUGGCCUGCUUAGGCACCUGUGGACUGAUUUUAAAGAACUCCCAUAGGUGCCGCCCACACCCAAGGGCAGAGAUUCUGAAACACUUCUUCCCACAACAGUGCUUUCCCUGUCCUCAGGUUAGACUUCGGAGGGACAGGUCAGCCACCCUGAUGGCUCACUUCAAAUGCACAGCCCACCCUGGCCCUCUCCAACGGCUUGCAUUGUCUGCCCACAUCAAGAUCCCUCCAAUCUAAAUCUGGAGGAUCACCUGGAUUGCAUGUGGUGUGAGCAUGUCACAAUUGUCUCCCGAUGACCGUAUCCAUCAGCACCAUCACAUUUUCUAACUAAAACUGUAUGUUUUAUCAGAAGUCAAACUGGCUGGGCACGGUGGCUCAUGCCUAUAAUCCCAUCACUUUAGGAGAUCAAGGUGAGUGGAUCACCUGAGGUCAGGAGUUCAAGACCAGCCUGGCUAACAUGGUGAAACCCUGUCUCUACUAAAAAUACAAAAAUUAGUCAGGCAUGGUGGUGUGCACCUGUAAUCCCAGCUACUCAGGGGGCUGAGGCAGGAGAAUUGCUUGAAGCCAGGAGGUGGAGGUUGCCGUAAGCCGAGAUCGUGCCAUUGUACUCCAGCCUGCGCAACAAGAGCAAAACUCCAUCUCCAAAAAAAAAAAAAAACAAAAAAAAAGUCAAGCUGUAUAUAUUUUUCCAAAAAACUGUUCCUGUCUUCCCCUAUUAAAACACCUAACGAAGCUUCCUAUGUGACAGAUUUAAUUACCAAAAACUUAAUCAAAAAUUAUUCUGUUCAUUUAUUCAAUAACUAUUUCCUAAACAUCUAAUACAUGCCAGGCAAUCUUCCAGCGGCAAAAGAAAGGAAAGACCUUGCUCAACAUAAUAAUGCAAGCUAGUAAAAAAUUCCUGAUAUUUGAGUUAAUGAAUAUAAGUACUCAUGCCACCAACUACAUGCAAGCUGUGAUAAAUUACUUUAAAAGAUCACCACGAGAGGGCACUCCUACAAUUCUUUUAUGUGACUACUGUCAAGAUUCCUGAACACAGAGUUGAGAGCCAAAUCUGAAACCUUAACAAAAGUGGAGGAGGAAAGGAAGCAAUCUGACCCCAAAUCCCACAGAACAAAAACAUAAAAUAGCAAUCUCUAAGUUUCCAGAAAUCUCAGUGACUCUGGGUAGCAGCAAGAGUGAGCAGGUGGUAAGCUUCUCAGGAAUCCAAGGCUCUGGCCCAAGCCGUCAACUCUGCACAUGAGGUGACCCAGGAAGCCAGCCAGGCAUCUCCCACUCCCCACGGUCUUGGUACCCCUCCCCCACAACCUGCAAAAAUCCACUCUCAUGACAGACUAAUCUGUCAGCAGGAGAGAAAAGCAACACUUCUCCCCUUUCCUGAAACACGUGCCGGGGUAGACCUCAUGACUCCUUGGGAUGCAGCUCCCAUCUUUUUCCCACUCAACAGUGAGCCCAAACAGCCAUUCUGAAUGUCCCCUGUCUCAUUCCCUCCCCAAGUGCAUCCCAGCUUCCACUGAUGGAGGGAGAAAGGCCAGGGAGGGAAUGUAGGGCCAGGUGAGAAGAUUCCAGCCCUAGAUCCAUGUCGGUGCUCUGGACUCCAAGAGAACAGUGUAAAUCUGCUCUUACCCACUGAGGGUGGAGGGGCAGGAAUGAGUGUCAGAGGAAUGGAGAGGAACAAACAAGCCCUCGUACCCAGGUGGGCCACAGUAGGGAGCCCUGGCAACUACAAUCCCACCUCUGGCCCAUGGCAGGCAGAGAGGCAUCAGCAGGGUGAGGUGAGAAAUCAUCAUCACUCGGCCGAAGGAUGGAGCACUGAAGCUGGGUUAAGUUUAGGGUGCUAGCACAUAGGAGGAGAAGGUAUACAUCACCUGUAACUGUAAAGAAUACUUCAAAGAUAUUUUACAGGAAUAUAAGCUUCAGAUAGGCUUUUUAAGAAAUAAGCCAUAAUCAAGCACGUAAAUCAAAAGAAUCUGCAAAGAAUCUGCUGUGGGUCAGACCUUAUUUCUAAGGUAAACAUUAAAAAUUCUCCCUUACUGGGCCGGGCAAGGUAGCUCACACCUGUAAUCCCAGCACUUUGGGAGGCCAAGAUGGGUGGAUCACCUGAGGUUAGGAGUUCGAGACCAGCCUGACCAAUAUGGAGAAACCCCGUUUCUACUAAAAAUACAAAAUUAGCUUGGCAUGGUGGCGUAUGCCUGUAAUCCCAGCUACUCAGGAGGCUGAGGCAGGAGAAUCGCUUGAAUCUGGGAGGUGGAGGUUGCGGUGACCCGAGAACACACCAUUGCACUCCAGCCUGGGCAACAAGAGUGAAACUCAUCUCAGAAAAAAAAAAAGAAGCUCUGGGUUGAAACCCGGGCGCCGCCAAGAUGCCGGCUCAUUACUCUUCUCUCAUGGAUCCUGACACCAAACUCAUCGGAAACAUAGCACUGUUACCUAUCAGAAGUCAAUUCAAAGGACCUGCCCCCAGAGAGACAAAAGAUACAGAUAUUGUGGAUGAAGCCAACUAUUACUUCAAGGCCAAUGUCUUCUUCAAAAACUAUGAAAUUAAGAAUGAAGCUGAUAGGACCUUGAUAUAUUUAACUCUCUAUAUUUCUGAAUGUCUGAAAAAACUCCAAAAGUGCAAUUCCAAAAGUCAAGGUGAGAAAGAAAUGUAUACACUGGGAAUCAUUAGUUUUCCCAUUCCUGGAGAGCCUGGUUUUCCACUUCACGCAAUUUAUACCAAACCUGCAAACAAACAGGAAGAUGAAGUGAUGAGAGCCUAUUUACAACAGCUAAGGCAAGAGACUGGACUGAGACUUUGUGAGGAAGUUUUCGACCCUAAGAAUGAUAAACCCAGCACGUGGUGGACUUGCUUUGUGAAGAGACAGUUCAUGAACAAGAGUCUUUCAGGACCUGGACAGCGAAGGGAGCCCGGGCAGCCGCCAUCUCCAGAGCCCUGGGCAGCAUUUUCCAGCAAGAUGUACACAAUCUUUUGCCUUUAUUCGUAACGUUUUAUAUAGAAGAGAGAAGAGCAUGUCUUUACUUGAAAAACUCUUGAUCAAGAAUUUGGGUGGGAGA